AUGUUAUAUUCUGCACAUACUAAGGUCCUGCUUCAUAUUUGUGCAAAUUUAUACAUUUAUCCUGAUGUGGGAUUAAGAAUGAGUUUCUGUGAUGAGAUGAAGUCAGUGAAGAAGCCUUCUGGCUGCUUCCUGACUUUCAAAAAUGUGUCCAAUAUGGGACAUCAUGAAAUUGAAUGUUUGUUUGGUGAGCACGGAGAAGUGAGCAGUAUCAGUGAAGGAAGCCGCAGAGAACAAAUCAUAGUGCAGUUCACCAAUGAGGUGGAUGCUGAUGUUGCAUUCUGUCACUUGAGGUACAAUGAAAACCUCCAGGAUCUUAGAAUGCCCCAAUCUAUUGUAGGAAAGAGGCUUUCUUUGCCAAAAGUCCCAAAGUCUGAAAAGUAUGAAGAGGAAUUCAAACAGAGUCCCAAUCAAAAGAAAGUACUCCUUUCUCCUGAAGGACUGUCUCAUGCUCUCAAGGAGGAGAAGCAGUUCCUUAACUCGGAAGACACUGGCAGCCCCAAUGAAAGCAAGAGUAAAAAGAAUCAGUACAGUCAAGACAAAGCUCAAGACAGGUCAAAAAGAUGCAGGGAAAUAUCACCAAACCUAAGACCUUCCAAGAAGCCCAAUCCAGAUCAUUAUCACCAUGAGUCACCUGAAGUGAAGAGUUCUACUAAAGCUUUUCAUCAGGGUCAGAAGACACGAAAACGUUUGGGUCUACUGGGCGAUGGUCCAAAGAAUGUGCGACCAUAUGCUGAUACAGGAGAGAGGCCUCGAGGUCUUCUUGAGCACAAUGACAAGCUGCUUGGAUUUCUUGGAAAUGGUGACAGACCACAAGGAUUACUUAGUGACAGUGACAGACCCCGAGGAUUGCUUGGUGACCGACCUCCUCUGCUUCAAUUCCCAAGGAACUCUAGUCCAUGUCAUUCCAGUGUGCCCAGGCCUGUACAUGUCAGGCAGGAGAGAAUGAACUUGGAAUUGGUGAUUGUGAAUCUUCCAUUAAAUUGGACAGAAGAUAUUGUUCAAGGGCUUCUCAAGUCAUUCCUCCCAAUAUCUCACUGUCAAUCCUCAAGUGGUACCCUGGGGAAGAGAUGUUGGAUUUCGACAUUUGCCCACAUAGAGGAGCUGGAAGCUGCUUGGAGUUACCUUCAUGGCCUUGUUGUGGAAGGGAAGAAGGUCCUGGCUGCACCUAUCAAUCAACUUGACAGAUUGGCUCAGCAAAUUGCUACAAGUUCACUGGUGGUGGAUGUAUUGGUGAGCAACUUCCCUGAGAAAAUCCAGGAAACUGAUCUCAUGGAACUGUUCCAUCCAUUUCGACCCCUCAAUGUUGUCAUCAUGAUCAAUAUGGACAUUUCUCUCCCUAAUUCCUUCCCAAAAAUCCCGACAAAUGCAUAUGUGACGCUACCAGACUAUAUGACAGCUGUUGAAGCCACACGGGAGCUAGACGGGACUCGUUUCCGUGGGAAGGCCAUCUUGGUGGAAGUUGUGGAACAUGGGAAACACAUGGGACAACCUCUUAGUCCAUCUCCUGCUUUACAACCAUACCCUGCCACCUUUAAGUUGGAGUUGGAGUUGAAGGUGGCUCUCGUUCCUGCUCUUUCCCCUGGCAUCGUCAGCGCAGGAAUGCACACUAUCUGGGAGAGACCCACUGAAACUCCCGAUGGCCUCCGCAAGUAA